GACAAGAGCGCUGCAGCUGUCUGUUGGGGUGAGUGUUUCUGCAGAAGGAGAGGAAUUCCAUCAUUGGCGAUGAAUACAUAUGGCCCAUGCCCAUCCCAUACAUCCUCUCCGACAGCCUAGACCUGAACGCCAAGGGCGUCAUCCUGCAGGCCUUCGAGCAGUUCCGACUCAAGUCGUGCCUCGACUUCAGACCUUACGCGGGCGAGCGCGACUUCAUCCGCUUCCAGAAGCUCGGCGGGUGCUGGUCAUCGGUGGGGAACAUCCGCGGCGGACAGGAGCUGUCGAUCGGUCAGAACUGCGACCAGAAGGCCGUGGUGGAGCACGAGAUUCUCCACGCGGUGGGGUUCUGGCACGAGCAGUCGCGCUCCGACCGCGACGACUACGUCACCAUCCACUGGGACGAGAUCUUGCCCGGAAAGGAGAACAACUUCGACAAGUACCCCGACGACGAGGUGGACAACCUCAACACGCCGUACGACUACGAGUCGGUGAUGCACUACGCGCCGCUCUCGUUCAACAAGGAGAACGGCGUGCCCACCAUCACCGCCAACAUCCCCGAAUUCGACAGCGUCAUCGGCCAGCGCCUCGACUUCAGCGGCUACGACCUGCUCAAGCUGAACCGCCUCUACGGCUGCACCUCGACCACUACACUGCUUGACCAGUGCGACUUCGAGGAGAUGAACAUCUGCGGGAUGAUCCAAGGCCAGCAGGACACCGGCGACUGGGUGCACGUGCGGUCAGGGGGCCCCAACGGGAACGACCACACAUUGGACGGGAAGUGUCCAGGCGAGGGCCGCUUCAUGUUUGCGGACACGAGCGUGGACAAGAACGGGAGCUCGGCGCUUCUCGAGUCACGCGUGCACUACCCGCGCCGCAGCAGCCAGUGCCUGCAGUUCUCCUUCAAGAUGAGCGGCAGCGACAAGGACGUCCUCGCAAUCUGGGUCAAGCUGGACGACGGCGCCGGCGCCGUGCGCAAGAUGGUGAAGGUCGGCACCGUGCAGGCCUCGGUAAUGAACCAGUGGGAGAUGGCUCACCUCGUGCUGCCCGCCGCCGUCAAGUUCCGCUACGUCUUCCAGGCGGUGCGCGGCGCCCCCACCGCCUCCGCCGGCGGCAUCUUGCUGGACGACGUGAGCCUCACCGAGCGGAACUGCCCGACGGGGGUCAUGCGCAUCCCCGACGCCGCCAACCUCAUGGAGACGUCGGUGCCGGGAACCGGGAUCAAGAGCCCGGCGUUCGUCAGCCCCGAGGGCUACGGCUUCGCCAUCAUCGUGUACCCGCACGAGCUCAGCUCGUCCAACGUGAGCCACCUUGGCGUGCGAUUCCAGCUGCUGAGCACGCCUGACGACGACGUGCUUGAGUGGCCCGCCGCCAACCGCCAGGUCGUCAUCACCAUCGUCGACCAGAACAGCGACGUGCGGCUGUGCAUGUCCAACGUACGGACGUUCCUCUCCGACGACACGCGGCUCGUCCAGAACACGGACAAGCUGUUCUGGGACCGUCCCUCCGUGACGGGCAGCUUCGAUCCACAGUGCAACUGUUUCCGCGGGCCGCUGCUGGGCUGGCCCACGUUCAUCUCGCACGAAUACCUACACAAGAGGGACUUCCUCAAGGGCGGAGAUCUCUACAUCUUCGUCGAGUUUAACGAUCUCACUCACCUCAACAAGACGGAGGUGCCGGUCGCACCCGGCAGCACCAUCGCCACUGGCGACGACGUCGCCGUUGACGACGUCGCCAACAUCGACGCUGCCGCCGAGGUCAUCGCCCCGCGGGAGCCGCUCGCCCCGAUCUUGGGAGACGGCGCCGUCCCGGCUCGCGGGGACGCCAGACGCGCGCCGAUGGCGGAGAGGCUGGCGAGGUCACGGCGCCACGCCGACGACUCCGAGCAGGCGCAGCGGCUGAGCACCUGCGAGCCGAACCCGUGCCGCAACGGGGGCCUGUGCCUGGUGGAGGGCGGGCGCGCCAGCUGCAGGUGAAAGCGACCGAAAAGGAAUAUACAAGUAACCGAAUGGCAUGCAUGCCGGUGCUGCGGUCACCUUGUACCACGCAGGGACAGCUGCUACCUAGGGGACGCCCUGGCCACGCUACAACGGGGCAUUGAAAUGGUUGAGAUGAGAUGGUGACGCAAGGUGCUACGAGUUGUCGAGGAAUUUAAGCUUGCGCCACUGUGCGUGCAAAUCCUUGUCCUUGACGCGACGGUUAAGGAUGAGCCGAAUCAUCGAUGUGAAAUCACGAUUCGCAGAGCGUGCCGAGAAUCACCCGAAAGAUUACAGCUACGAGAGGCACUCCAUUAGCCACAAUGGCGAAAACAUUGUCGAUGCUUGACUCGAACCGUGAAUCGUGGCAACUGAAUCACAAAGAGUACGUCGUGUGGCAUGCGUUGUGUGCUGUCGUGUCAGCUGGCAUGCCUCGCAAACACACACGGCUGCGCAUUGGGCCACACGCCGUG